AUGGCUACCCUUACACCAGGCCGGCAUCAAAAGACGCAAAGACAUGCCAAACCGGACUCUCGCCAGCAGAAGCAGAAGCUCCACCAAGAGGAUCUGCAGAAGCUAGAACGGGCUGUGAAUGAUCUGGAUGCCAAAUCUGAAGAUAUCAAAACUUUCUCAGACCUUCCCCUCUCGCAGCCUACAAUCGGCGGAAUCAAGGCAUCGCACUUUCAGACACUCACCGAAGUUCAACAGCAAGCGAUUCCCCUCGCCCUCAAAGACAACGACGUGCUAGGCGCUGCUAAGACAGGUAGUGGCAAGACUCUGGCAUUUUUAAUUCCCGUGCUGGAAAAGUUGUAUCGGGCACAAUGGACAGAGUUUGACGGCCUUGGAGCCUUGAUCAUCUCCCCAACUCGUGAGCUCGCCGUGCAGAUUUUCGAGGUUCUUCGCAAGAUUGGUCGGUACCAUGUCUUAUCGGCGGGGUUGGUCAUUGGCGGCAAGAACUUGAAGGAGGAAGCAGAGCGGUUAGCUCGGAUGAACAUUCUGGUUUGCACACCUGGACGAAUGCUGCAACACCUCGACCAGACUGCGGGUUUCGACGCAAACAACCUGCAAAUUUUGGUUCUGGAUGAGGCGGAUCGCAUUAUGGACAUGGGGUUUCAAUCUGCUGUUGAUGCGCUGGUAGAGCACCUGCCAAAGUCAAGACAAACGCUCAUGUUUAGCGCAACGCAAAGCAAGAAAGUCUCCGACCUGGCUAGACUGAGUCUCAAGGAACCCGAGUACGUAUCAGUCCAUGAAGCGGCUACGAGCGCGACCCCCACAAACCUCCAGCAACAUUACAUUACGACUCCUUUGCCCGAAAAGCUCGACACACUAUACGGUUUCAUCAAAUCAAACCUCAAGAGCAAAAUCAUUGUCUUUUUAAGUUCAGGAAAGCAGGUUCGAUUUGUUUACGAAAGCUUCCGCCACCUCCAACCCGGUAUCCCUUUGCUACAUCUUCACGGCCGACAAAGGCAAGUAGCCCGCCUUGAAAUCACAUCACGGUUCACCGCUGCCAAGCAUUCAUGCCUAUUCGCCACGGACGUAGUUGCCCGAGGUAUCGACUUCCCAGCCGUCGACUGGGUCAUUCAGGUAGAUUGCCCCGAAGACGUUGACACAUACAUCCAUCGUGUCGGUCGAACGGCAAGGUACCAAAGCAAGGGCCGAGCUGUCCUGUUCCUCGAUCCCAGCGAAGAACCAGGCAUGGUCAAGCGCUUAGAACAGAAAAAGAUCCCCAUCGAAAAAGUCAACGUCAAGGAAAAAAAGAAGAAGAGCAUAAAGAAUGAUCUGCAAAACAUGUGCUUCCAAAACCCAGACCUGAAGUACCUCGGCCAAAAGGCCUUCAUCAGCUACUCCCGCGCAAUACACCUCCAAAGGGACAAGGAAGUUUUCAAACUCGACAAACUAGAUCUUGACGCUUUCGCGUCCGGUCUCGGCCUCCCUGGUACUCCGCAGAUCAAAUUCCACAAAGGCGGCGACAUCAAGAAGAUUAAAAAUGCUCCUAGGGACGGCAUGUCCAGCGGGUCCGAGUCAGACAUGGACCUCGACGGCGAAUAUGGCAAGACCAAAAAGAAGGACAAGAAGAAACCAGAAGUCCGCACCAAAUACGACAAAAUGUUUGAGAGAACCAACCAGGACGUCCUCUCCAGCCACUACGCAAAACUCGUCGUGGACGGUGGAAACGAAUCCGGCUCCGACGACGACUUUCUUUCCGUCAAGCGUCGCCUCAGCGACGACGAUCUCGACGCCGAAAUCCAAAAGGGUCACAAUUCUAAUGUCAAAGCGCUCUACAGCCUUGGCGGCGACGAACCCUACGUUAUUGAUUCUAAGCGUCGCGAAAAGGCUCUUCAAUCCAAGACGAAAAUGCUCAAGUUCAGGGGCAAUCCCACCAAGCUCGUCUUUGACGAUGACGGCGAGUCGCACGAGAUUUACGAGCUGCAGAAUGAAGAAGACUUCAAACGAGCGGGUCCUGCAGAUGAACAGCGCCAGACGUUUGUGGAGAGCGAGUCCGCAAGAGUCAAGGCAGCCGAUGUCGAUGAUAAGCAGCUCGCCAAGCAGAAGAAACGCGAGAAGCGCGAGAAGCGAAAGGCCAGAGAGCGCGAGGAGCUGGAAGGUGACGAGGCGCCUAUGCUGGUUGAUGCGCCCGAUGGAGAGGAUCCUUUGGCGUUGUUGAGGUCGUUGCCCACGGCGGGUGAGCAAUCAGACGGCGAGCCGCCGAAGAAGAAGGCCAAGAAGUGGUUUGAGGAUGAGGACGACGAUGAUGCCGACAACAAGAAGAAGAGCAGGAGGAAGGGCAAAGUAUUACAGGUUACAGAGGAGCCGGAGACGUUGGAGGAUCUGGAGGCCCUGGCGACAGGGUUGUUGGAUGGCUGA